AUGAUUGCAUCUCCCCUUGCUGCUACUGACGCCCAUCUCAAUGGUGCGCAUCCUCACACCAUCAAGGACAUGCCCGGCUACAUCGAGAACGCUUUCCACGGCAAGGAGGCCCAGAUGGUCGAGGUCACCCAGCACCUGAGCGAGAAGGGCUUCAUCCCCGCUGCCUUGGCUCAGAACGAGGUCUCUUGGUUCUACGGAAACCUCGGCAUCGACGACAUGUACUUUGCCUCCGAGUCCGUCGAGUCCAUUGCCAACCACAUCAUGGCUCUCUAUGGUGCCAAGAUCUUUGCCUACACCAAGAACGACAACGGCCUGGAUAUCAAUCUCGAGCGCGAGACUGACGAGGGCGCCGUUUACAUCCACACCUCCCAUCCCGGUGUCUCGCAGCUCUAUGGACCCCAGCACGAAAAGAGAAUUGACGCCAAGUACCUUGAUGUCAGCAACACUGAGCGUGCCUUCCGUCUGGAGUCUUACCGCUCCAAGGGUACCGUCUCUUCCUCGUCCUCGACCCAGCUCCGCACCUACUUUGUCCACCAGUGCUCCUUCGUCAACCCCAAGCCCACCAAGGAGCAGGAGAACGAUAUCCGCGAGACCGCCGACAAGAGCUUCCUCGAGAAGGCCACUGGGAACACCCUUGAGAUCUACUCCAACGUCAUGAAGCUGGCCCUCGCCAGAACCGGUCCCGUCAUCGAGAUGUUCGAGGUCGAGGGCUCCCGCGAGCGCCGCCUCGUCAUCGCCUACAAGCAGCAGACCACUCAGUCCUUCUUCUCGGCCAUCUCGGAUUUGUACCAUUACUACGAUCUGUACUCGACCCGCAAGUACGUCGAGCAGUUCUCGAACGGCAUCACGAUCGUCUCCCUUUACCUCAACCAGAUCCCCAAGUCGACUGCUCCCCCAAUUGAGCACUCGAUCCACCAGAUCAUCAAGGAGGCCUCGUUGAUCUACUGCUUGCCCACGACCCCUCUCCAGAGCUUCUUCCAGACCAACAAGCUGUCUGUCCAGGAGUCGAUCUAUGGUUACAUUGGCUGGAUCUUUGCCCAGCACUUCUUGAACCGUCUCGGAAAUGAAUACGUUUCGCUCGUCAACAUCCUCGAUACCAGCAACUCUACCCAUCAGGAUGUCCUUACCAAGAUGAAGAAGCGUCUCCGCACUGACACCUUCACUCGUGAUUACAUUCUCGAGAUCAUCAAGACCUACCCCGAGCUCGUCAAGCUGCUUUACAUCAACUUUGCCAUGAUCCACUAUGUCAACCCUGCCGUCAACUCGCUUCAGCCCACACUCUCGUACCAGCGUCUCCGUACCGACACUGUCUUGAGUGAGGAGGAGCUCCACGAGAAGAUCCGCCGCACGACCUCGAACUCGCACGAGCUCAUGGUCUUUGAGUCGUUCUUGGUCUUCAACAAGCACGUGCUCAAGACCAACUUUUACCAGCCUACCAAGGUCGCUCUUUCCUUCCGCAUGGACCCCUCGUUCUUGCCCGAGAUCGAGUAUCCCACCAAGCUGUUCGGCAUGUUCCUCGUCAUCGGAUCCGAGUUCCGUGGUUUCCACCUGCGCUUCCGUGAUGUCGCCCGUGGUGGAAUCCGCAUCAUUCGCUCCCGCAACAGAGAAGCGUAUUCGAUCAACUUGCGCUCACUCUUUGAUGAGAACUAUGCCCUUGCGAACACCCAGCAGCGCAAGAACAAGGAUAUUCCCGAGGGCGGUUCCAAGGGUACCAUCUUGUUGGAUGUCAAUCAGCAGGACAAGGCCCUUGUCGCUUUUGAGAAGUAUGUCGAUGCUGUCCUUGACUUGUUGAUCGUCGGCGAGACCCCCGGCAUCAAGGAGCGCAUUGUCGACUUGCACAAGAAGCCCGAGAUCCUGUUCUUUGGCCCCGAUGAGGGUACUGCCGACUACAUGGACUGGGCUUCUGCUCACGCCCGCGAGCGUGGUGCCUCCUUCUGGAAGGCCUUCACGACCGGCAAGUCCCAGUCCUUGGGUGGUAUCCCCCACGACACCUAUGGUAUGACUACUCGCUCGGUCCACCAGUACGUCCUUGGCAUUUACCGCAAGUUGGGACUCAAGGAGGAGAACUGCCACAAGUUGCAGACCGGAGGUCCAGAUGGUGACUUGGGAUCGAACGAGAUCAAGAUUUCGAAGGACAAGACCUGCGGUAUCGUUGACGGAUCCGGAGUUUUGUAUGACGCUGAGGGUAUUGACCGUGAGGAGUUGGCCCGCUUGGCCGCGAACCGUCUCAUGAUCUCGAACUUUGAUGCUUCGAAGCUGUCGCCCAAGGGUUUCCGCGUGUUGGUCGAUGAGGUGAACGUCAAGCUGCCCUCGGGUGAGGUCAUUGAUGACGGUCUUUCAUUCCGCAACAACUUCCACCUGAACCCCAUGGUCAACUGCGAGGUCUUUGUUCCCUGCGGUGGUCGCCCCGAGUCGGUCGAUCUCCAGAACGUUGGCCGUCUCUUGGAUGCUGACAACCACCCCCGCUUCAAGUACAUUGUCGAGGGAGCCAACCUGUUCUUCACCCAGGAGGCCCGUCUCCGCCUGGAGCGUGCUGGUGCUGUUGUGUUCAAGGACGCUUCGGCCAACAAGGGAGGUGUCACCUCAUCGUCGCUGGAGGUGUUGGCUGCCUUGGCGUUCACGGACGAGGAGUUUGCUCAGCACAUGCAGGUGACUCCCGAGAACACCCCCGAGUUCUACCAGGAGUACGUCAAGGAGGUCCAGACGAUCAUUGAGCGUAACGCCCAUCUCGAGUUUGAGGCCCUGUGGAGGGAGCAUCAGCGCACCAGGACUCCUCGCUCGAUCCUUUCGGAUGAGUUGUCGCUUGCGAUUGUGAAGCUGAACGAGAACUUGCAGCACACCUCGCUGUGGGACAACAUUGCUUUGCGCAAGGUUGUUUUGGAGGAGGCCUUCCCCAACAUGUUGUUGAAGCAGGUUGGAUUGGAGACGUUGAUGAAGCGUGUUCCCGAGAACUAUGUGCGCGCGAUCUUUGGAGCGUACUUGGCCUCGCGCUUCGUAUACAGGUACGGCACGGAGCCCAGCCAGUUUGCGUUCUUUGAGUUCAUGACCCCUUACUUCUCCAAGGUUCAGCAGUAA